UCGCUCGUCUUCACGCACUUCACGCAGGAUGCAAUGUAGCUAGGAUCUCGCUUCUGAUUGGCUGGCGCAGCGGGGCAGGUGCUGGUAGACGCCAAGCAGCUCGGAGCGGAACGUCGAACACUCGAUUUUGUACUCAACGUCCACGAUUGUUCUACAGCACACUUGCAAUAGUUGUGUGGGUCUGCAAUCAAACAGAACCAUUCUCACAAGAACACGUCUGAGAAAUGCCUAAGGCCAAACGUUCACGCCAUCAAGGGCAUGAGCAACCCGUCCGACCCACGAAGCGACGUUUUUCGGUGCAAGACAAUGCAACGGAGCACGUCGACAUAGGUUCUCAGGCGGAGGCAUCCGGGACGGAGAUCAUCCAGUCCUUGACGGAACAAGAAGAACCAUCUAUCGCGCUGAAGAAGAAAGAAAAGCAGGCUCUGAAGCACGAAAUCUUCCUCAAACGUCUGGAGGCGUCCCGUUCGCCGUAUUCCAAGUCCCAUGAGCGACGUCUAAAGCGGAAGGCAAAAGAGCAAGUCGCUGGCGGCCUUGGCGAGAUGCAGGCUGCAAUAGCAGCCCUGGACGAUGAGCUGCCGCCAGCUGUGGUCCAGUCCACCACCGUGCAGGACGACGAGGAACAGCCGUCCAAAGCAAAGAAAGCACGCCCAACUCCAGGUCUUAUUGGAGAGGGAAAGGGCGCGCCUUUGAGUAAGAACCAAAGAAAACGAGCACUCCAACUGGAGAAGAUGCGAAUACCCAUGAUCAUCUCCAAUCCAGAGUUCGCUUCCAACCCAUUCCAGACGAUACGCACUCACGCGCAAAACACUCUGUUGAAGCACGAACCAUCUCAGAAGCCCUCCGCUGAGGAAUGAAAACUGUCAGCGUGGUCUGUUGCCUCACGGCCCCCGCACCAUCCGUGGUUUCCUCGAGACGUGCCAUCGUCGUUGGAUACUGCACGUCAACCAGCCUCAUACUACUCCCUCGGCACCACAUGGGCAAACCUACGCGUUUGCGUGACGUUGAGAACACGGCGGUCCUAUGACCUCAAUGGAUUUCGUCGUCACACCAUCGUAGAGUUGGGCAGUGAGACAGUGACCCUCUAGAG